AUUCCUCACGCCCCAUGUCAGAUGGGCCCGCGUCCGCCGUCCUCUGUUUCUUCCGCGUACCCCCAGCGGGUUUCCCUUUUUAGAGUACACCCGUGACCCGCCCUUGCUAGCGUCCAGCAAUCGGAGUCCCCCACUCGCUCGUGCUCGUGAGCGAACGGAGUCCAAGGCAGACGCUGCGAUUCACAAGCGCCGAGGAGCGAGAUGCAGAACGUGGUGGAGGUCGAGCCGGGCCGCCCGGCUGCCGAUGGCCGGCCAUCCGUGGGGCCCACCUACCGGAGCGCCUUCGCCCGCGACGGAUUCCCGCCGCCCGUCCCCGGGAUGGACAGCUGCUACGACAUCUUCCGCAUGGCCGUGGAGAAGUAUCCAAACAACAGAAUGCUUGGCCAUCGUGAGAUUGUUGAUGGGAAGGCUGGUGCAUAUACUUGGAAGACAUAUAAGGAGGUGUUUGACAUUGCAAACAAAAUUGGUAACUCUAUUAGGAGCUGUGGACUUGCGAAGGGUAGUCGUUGUGGUAUCUAUGGUGCUAAUUGUCCUGAAUGGAUUAUCACAAUGGAGGCUUGCAACGCCCAUGGAAUCUACUGUGUUCCAUUAUAUGACACACUUGGAGCUGGUGCGGUAGAGUUUAUUCUGUGUCAUGCAGAAGUUGAGAUUGCUUUUGCGGAGGAAAAGAAAAUUGAUCUGCUCGUGAAGACUUUACCUAAGUCAAAUGAGUUCUUAAAAACGAUCAUAAGUUUCGGCAAGGUAACUCAAGAACAGAAGGGAGAAGUCCAAAAAUAUGGGCUAUCAAUUUACUCGUGGGAUGAAUUUCUGUCCCUGGCGGCUGACCAAGAAUUUGAUCUUCCAGUCAAGGAGAAGGCAGACAUAUGCACUAUAAUGUAUACUAGUGGAACUACUGGUGACCCAAAAGGAGUACUGAUAUCAAAUGCUAGCAUUAUUUGUCUCAUUGCAGGUGUGGACCGGUUGCUUAACUAUGUAAACGAAGAGUUGGCAGAAAGCGACGUUUACAUGUCUUACCUUCCUCUUGCACACAUCUUUGAUCGCGUUGUGGAGGAAUUGUUUAUUUUCCAUGGUGCCUCUAUUGGAUUCUGGCAAGGGGAUGUUAAGCUACUAGUUGAAGAUAUAGGUGUGUUGAAACCAACAAUUAUGUGUGCUGUUCCUCGUGUUCUUGAUCGGAUAUUCUCCGGGCUACAAGCUAAAAUUUCCUCUGGUGGGUUUUUAAAGAGUACAGUGUUUAAUCUUGCUUACAGAUUCAAGCAGUUUAGAAUGAUGAGCGGAGCUAAGCACAAUGAAGCUGCUUCCAUAUGUGACAAAGUAGUUUUUAGUAAGGUGAAAGAGGGUCUUGGUGGAAAUGUUAGAGUUAUUUUAUCUGGAGCUGCUCCACUUGCUACCCAUGUUGAAGAAUACUUGCGUGUGGUCACAUGUGCACAUGUCGUACAAGGAUAUGGCCUCACGGAAACUUGUGCUGGAUCUUUCGUCUCGCUACCAAAUCAAAUGUCCAUGAUAGGAACUGUUGGCCCCCCAGUGCCAAACAUCGAUGUUCGUCUGGAGUCGGUCCCAGAAAUGGGUUAUGAUGCACUUGCGAGCAAACCUCGUGGAGAGAUAUGCAUCAGGGGAGAAACAUUAUUCUCAGGAUACUACAAGCGUGAAGACCUUACAAAGGAGGUCCUCAUUGAUGGAUGGUUCCACACUGGUGACAUUGGUGAGUGGCAACCUGAUGGAUCUAUGAAAAUCAUAGACCGUAAAAAGAAUAUAUUCAAACUUUCACAGGGUGAAUAUGUGGCAGUUGAAAAUUUGGAGAAUGUUUAUGGUCUUGUUUCUGCUAUAGACUCGAUAUGGAUAUAUGGGAACAGCUUUGAGUCCUUUCUUGUUGCUGUGGUCAAUCCCAACAAGGAGGUUCUCGAGAGUUGGGCUGCAGCAAAUGGAAUAAGUGGUGAUUUCGAGUCCUUGUGCAAUAAUCCAAGAACAAAAGAAUACAUUUUAGGAGAGCUGUCAAGAAUAGGAAAAGAGAAGAGGCUCAAAGGUUUUGAAUUCGUAAAGGAUGUGCACCUGGAACCAGUACCGUUUGACAUGGACCGUGAUUUGAUCACCCCGACAUACAAAAAGAAGCGUCCGCAACUGCUCAAGUACUACCAGGGCGUGAUUGACAACAUGUACAAAAGUGCUAAGUGAACUCACUCUACAGUACACAUCCCGAUGAAGAUUCCCAACGUUGAAUCUUGUUUGAGCAGCCAGAAGUUCUGCUUUGUAUAUGCUCGUAGUUUGUAUGCGAGAAUUCUUUCCUGUAUCAGUUUUUUCAGAAACGAUUUGCCUUGGGCAUAUAUAUAGCAAAACCGGCAAUGUGGCCAGCAGCCAAGUGGAGACACCGUUUCAAAUUGAUUGAACUAUGGCGAAUACUGAUUGACAGAAGGGUUAGGGCAUGCUUGGUACCUUUACCAGGUACUAUUCUACCUGGCCGAGCAAAUUGAUUAAGGCCAACUGUUUGGAUCCAAUUUAGGCCUUCUUUGAAAUGUGGGAUUUUUUUCCCAUUUCCUAUGUAUUUCCUGUGAAAAUAAACUGAUUCCUAUAAAAUUCCUUUACGACUCAUCUAA